AUGGCGGGCGCCUCCGACCCUCUGGAAGAUAUGCUGUUCUCCGAGGUGGACGAGAAAGCAGUUAGCGACCUAGUGGGCUCUUUGGAGUCGCAGCUUGUCGGCCAAAGCAAUCCUGCAGCUCCACAUUCGGAAAACAGGAGUGGUGGAUCAACAACUAAUGCAAAUCACCACUUGGGGAGAACGCUACCUGCCCAAGUGGGCACUUCAUCAGAGCAGCAACAACAAGGACAACAUAAAGCUGAGAUGAAUCGGGAGAACAACUCUAAAGAAAUUAGCUCAGAUAAAACUGUAAUAUCGUCUUCAGUGAGCGCCAUUGCGACCUUCGAGGAACCCUCCACCACUUCAGGGACUGUGGUGAGUGCUAGUACUAGCGGUUUGCAAUCACAUGGAUCAUCUAACAUCACAACACUGUCUGCAUCUGAUGGGGUAACUUUGCCAUCUCCGCUGGGCAGCAUCAACCCUGCUGACAGAGGUUCGGCUCCGACGCCAACUGAAGCAUCAACUGAAACCUCCACAAUAAAAAAAUACACUAUUUCAACACGAAGGAGUGCAGCCGCACAGAGUCUGAACGGCAACGGUGGAGCCGUACUGUCAAUGAAGUCGCCAACUACUGCUGCCUCUGGCUCUGUCUCGACGACAGCUAAUAACGCCGAUACCAUGGCUAGCAAUACAAGUGCCGCGAACAACACGACUUUAACGACGUCUCCCUCCAAUAUUUCUACAUCACAGCCCGCUAUCCCACUGGAUCGCGGGACUCCAACUAUUGCUCUGCACAGACUUCCGAGUCAUAUAGUCGCCAGCAUCGCGCAAAAUGGAAAUGGAACGACAGUGUCGGCGUUGGUCCAACAAGGCGCGCGAAUAGGACCGGUCAGUGCUGCAGCAACUCCACAAGUUAACCAUAGCAAAAGCACUGAUUCUGUUUUAGUGAAGUCGGAUUUACCCGUUCAGGCUAAAAACGUAAUUCAGACUCAGCCUGGCACUGUAAAUUCUGUGAUAAGUACGGUCCCAUCUCCCUCUGUCAACACGGUGACCAGCCAACAGCAGACUACAAACGCUGUACCUGCUGCUAGCAGUCCCGUUACUCUCACCGCCGUUGCAAAGCCCGCUGUCAGUGUGGUUGGGCAACAACCGACAACCACAACUGUUGGAAUGAUACGGCCUGCAGCUGUUUCAUCCGCUCCAGCCGUAGCAACUUCUACUCAGCCACAACUUCGCCCAGGACUCGCUGCUCCUCAGAGAAUCGUGGGACCUCAGCUGAUUGUCAGACCGCCUCAGCAACAAACUACCAUCCAGCUACCACCAGGGUUCACCAUCCCUCAAGGCAUGGUUCUGGUGAGGACAGAGAUGGGCCAGCUGGUGAUGGUGCCCCAGCAGGCUCUGGCGCAGGCCCAGGCCCAAGCCCAAGCCCAAGCCCAAGCCCAGGCCCAGAGCAGCAUCUCCCCCCGGCCGGCCGCGCCCACCACAGGGGCCACCUUCAGAGUCACCACGCCCCAGUCUCCUGUGACCACUCAAGCCAUCCGUCCAGGCCCUGCUGUCCAGGCCAAGAAGGCCCCGGCGGUGGUGGCGGUGACGGCUCCAGCUCCACCGCUGCAGCCUCAGCCUCAGCAGCAGCUCCCCGCGGCAGGACUGCCCCCCCAGGCCACCGGCGCCCAGCCCGCCCCCCCCAGCAUCACGCCGGCCGCGGCCGCCGCCCCCCCUCCUGCCCCCGGGGUCUCUGUCGUCUCGCAGGAGAUGCAGGAGAACGUGAAGAAGUGCAAGAACUUCCUGGCCACGCUCAUCAAGCUGGCAUCCCAUAAUUCCCCCUCCCCGGAGACAUCUCGCAACGUUAAGGCACUGGUCCAGGACCUGCUGGAUGCUAAGAUUGAGCCGGAGGAGUUCACCAGCAGGUUACAGACAGAACUCAAGUCGUCGCCCCAGCCCUAUCUGGUCCCGUUCCUCAAGAAAAGUCUCCCGGCGCUGCGGCUCUCAUUGCUCAACAGCCAGCAGUCUCUGACCCAUCCCCCGGGCGUGGUCAAACCCGGCGCCACCGCCAGCCCGGUCCCGCUCACGGCCACGGUGGUGCCAGCUGUCCGCGCGCGCCAGCCCAACACCCCGCUGCCCGCUGGUGCCCACUCAGCUGCGCUGGGUAUCAAACGCGUGGGCGGUCCUGGGGCCCAGGUGCGAAUGCCCAUGGUGAUCACUCAGGCAGUUCGAGCGCCAGGCGUGGCCGGGAAGGGACCAGUCAGCCAGACGGGGAAAAGUCCCCAGGGCUUCACAGCGCAGCUCCCUGGGAACCAGAAAAACAAGCUCAACGACCCCGGAGGCGGAUCUUUCAGGGACGAUGACGACAUCAAUGACGUGGCCUCCAUGGCCGGGGUGAACCUGAAUGAGGAGAGUGCCCGUAUCCUAGCAACGAACUCGGACCUGGUGGGCACGCAGAUUCGCUCGUGUAAGGACGAGGCCUUCCUGCCCACAGGCCUCCUGCACAGACGCAUUUUAGACACGGCAAAGAGGUUUGGGGUGACGGAAGUGCCCCUGGAAGCGGUCAACUUUAUCGCCCACGCCACACAGACACGCCUUCGAACCGUGCUGGAGAAGGUGUCCGCCAUCGCCCAGCACCGCAUGGACACUUGCAAAGAUGAUGAGUGGUAUGAGCAGUCGACAGACGUACGGUCACAGCUGAAGUUUUUCGAGCAGCUUGAGAGGAUUGAGAAGCAGAGGAAGGAUGAGCAGGAGAGAGAGAUUCUCCUGAAAGCAGCCAAAAGUCGCUCGAGGCAAGAGGACCCAGAGCAGGCUCGGCUGAAGCAGAAAGCUAAGGAGAUGCAGCAGCAGGAGCUGGCCCAGAUGCGACAGCGGGACGCCAACCUGACCGCGCUGGCCGCCAUCGGCCCCCGCAAGAAGCGCAAGAUGGACUCGCCGGGGGCGUCAUCGUCAGGGCCCGAGGUGUCGGGAAGUUCUGUGGGAUCGCCGGCUGCCUCGUCAUCGGCCUCCUCCUCGUCUCGGCAAUACGCCCGACAACGGAUCACCCGCGUCAACCUCAGGGACUUCAUCUACUACAUGGAGCAGGAGCGAGAGAUGGCACGCUCCCUCCUGCUGUAUAGAGCGCUGCUCAAGUAGCACACACACACACACACACACACACACACACACACACACACACUCGUACCUCAUGUAUGAACACAGUUUCAAUCAUACAUGUUCUUUCAUGCAUAUGUAUAUAUAUAUGUAUGUAUGUAUUUAUGUAUGCAUACCCAUGCUCUAUUAUUCACACACACAAACACACACACACACACACACACACACACACACACACACACACACACAGCACCGGCCCUUCCAGCGCUCUCCAGCUCUCCUGCGACGUGCCUUCAGACCGGGUCUAGUGCUUGAGCUCAGUGUCUCCACUCUUCGUAAUGUUUAUCGUAGCUUUUGUUUCCUUAGGAAAAAAAAAAGACUUUUAAAAAAAAAAAAAAACCUACAAAAAUAAGAGACAAAAAAAUGUGUUGUACGUGUUAUUGCUGUUUUUGCGACAUGCUGAAAAGAAUUAAUGUGUAUUUAGGACAUUGGUUAUAAGGCCAUGCAAACUCUUGAUUUUAGUCAGGAUUGAGGCUGUGUAAAAGUUGAGUGUGUGUGUGUGUGUGUGUGUGUGUGUGUGUGUGUGUGUGUGUGUGUGUGUAUAUGCCAUGU